CGCCGGGCCGUUAGGAUGGAGAAGUGGGUGGACUGGGCAAAGUCCCAGAAAACUGCCCGCAUUCAUAAUCUACCCGGACAAGGCUGCAAGAGUAGACAUGCUACUCCAUAAAGUCUACUGGGACUUCGAUUUAACAGAUCUCCCGGACGUCAAGGACCAAGAAUGCUGGAAGCGUAUAACCUCUACACUCCGGAAUCCUGGACCUCACCCCACCCGAGAUGAUCUAUAUUCACGCACUCAACGCAGUCGACUGCGAGUUGGCCCGGAUCUUCAACAACGGCCGCAUGCACGAGACCCUCGUCGAGAUGGCGAGAGACGUGGGCUUUGACGCGCAUAAAUGCUGCGACCCGUCGCUCUCGAUGGAGCAGAGGAAAAUUGUGCCUCCGAGAGGAUCUUGGCAGAUGAACAGUGCGGACGAGCACACGAUUGACGACCGGGCUGCGAUCACUUCCAGGCGGUUUGAUCUGGACAAGCUCAAUUAUGCGGCUGUUUCGGAGCUCUUGCUCGAGCAGCAGGCCCUCAAGGAGAAGAGGGAGGCAGCUGCUGCUCGUACCACUCCUAAUAGCGCGGUUGAUCGAUAUCAGGGUGGCUCGGCGGGAACUGGAGGCGGCUGGCAUAGACAUGCGAGCCCUGCCUCCUCUGGAGGACCCAGAAAUGAGCCAAAGACAUCGAAAAAGGCUACCGCGGUGGACGGGAAUGUUCGCUUUCGCUUACAAUCGAACAAGCCGUCUUCAUUGACGGAAGAGUCAACAGUUUCUAGAAGAAUGUCGUCCAGGGGUCCAAUUAGGGAUCUUUUUGACCAAGAGGAACCUUCGAUGCUCAACGACCCAAGUUCAACUCUGGUCAUCAACGGGGUUAUUGUUCAGCAAGGACAAGCCGGUGGCGGCGUCCAACAAGAAAGAGCCACAGCCGCUGCGAGACCAGGGUCGAGGUCAGCAACGAGCACAUCCUCGAGAGGAGGGCUGUCUGGUUUCCAAAACCCCUUCACCAAGCCACCUGCUGAAGCGCCUGUCAAUACUCAACGGACUACGGAGCAGCAAGCUCGACGAGAAUCGAGUGGUCCGCCGAGGGGCAUUCCACUCCAGCAUCGCACGUUGGCGAGAAGACCGAGUGGAACUCAAGAGUCCGGACUGUCGACACCGUCGACCCCACCGACACAUGCCUCCUCCAGCAGUGUCCAGCAACAGAGAAGCUCAUCAGUCAAGACACAGGUUCAAGAGCAGAGACUUGCGACUAUCCCGCCGGCAGAACACAAGACGGAUAGUCAGACCGCCGAGAUUCCUACCCAAGAAAAGUCGACCCAAGAAAAGUCGUCGACCCAGGUUCAGAACCUCACAGCCGAGAUAGCGAAGAAGCUUGAGGCAACCAUCAACCAGAGCCUUUUGGAAGCGAUCCGAGGAGUCUACCGCGGCGUUCCGAAGAUCAUGGAGGGAAGGAUACAAGGAUGACUAGACAGCCCAGAGUGUCGCUCCGUGGAAUUCACUGUCCUUCGAGACGUCGAAAGCGAGACCACCAGGAUUGUCAAGGAAUCUGUCAUGGCCAAGAUGAAGGCCAUGGAGCAAAUCAUCAAGGGCUCCGAGAACCCGCGUCAAGCGGGAGUCGGUCCGGGACACCAAGCACAAAGCUGAUGAGAAGGAUGCGGAAGAAGGUGACCAGACUCAACAGGCCGCGAAGCGACAGCGGGGCGAUGGUGGUGGCAGUGGUUGAAUCACAUGAACGUUACCGGCUGACCGACUGUUCGGAUGUUGACAGCGGAUAGAUGGGAUAUGGCAUUUUUGACAC